ACCAUGCAGCAACUCAACUUAUCAAACAGCUCACUCACUGCUCCAGCCUCAACUGGAAACCUGAUUGCCAGUAGUGUGCUCUCAGUAUGCUUUAUACUGGGAGUCCCUGGUAAUAUCGCUGUAGUGGUGCGCCUUGCUGGAUGGCUGAAAGGAGGUAGUUUUACCCCAAGACUGAUGUUAAGCCUGGCCACAUCCGAUCUGCUCACUCUGCUUUCUCUGCCGUUUUGGAUUUGGUCUCUUCUGCAAGGCUGGGCCUUUGGCUUGGUCCUGUGUAAGUUUCUCUCCUAUUUGGUGUACUUAAGCCUGUACUGUAGCAUACUGUGUGUGAUAUUGAUGAGUGUUCAGCGAUACUUGCAAGUGCUGCAUCCUGAGAGAUGGAACAAGCUUGGCAGAAAAGGAAAGAAGAUCCUUCUGAGUGGGAUGUGGAUCAUAAGUGGAAUAUUAUCAUCCUAUGCUCUUGUACAACGUACUUUAAGCUUAGACAGGGAAGGACGACUUCAGUGCAAGCGAUGCUACCGGACUGAUGGUGAAAAAGUGGCUACAUUAAUAUGGGAGAUUUUAUUAUUUGUGGUUUCAUUCCCCAUAAUAGCAUAUUUCUACUUUCACCUUUAUCAGGGAGUUCAUAACUCAGCUCUGUUUAGUGGCAACCUAAUGACAAAACUUGUGACCAGAAUUGUUGCAUGUUUCUUUAUUUUUUGGAUUCCAUUUCACAUCAACAAUAUUGUGCUCAUCAUUGCUGUGUUACUUGGGAAUGACAAUCUGUUAAGAUAUGCAGAAGCAGGAGAUAAUAUCACUGCUGCACUGUCUUUCAUUAACACUUGUGUGAACCCCUUCCUGUAUGCUUUCUCUGCUCGGGCUCUACGACAGCACACAGCUGGAACAGACAGUAUUUCAUGA